AUGGCCGGAAAUCCACCGAGAGUGCCGGCAGGACAGCAAGGUUUAAACCUGAACGAAUAUUGGGCGCGCUAUCAAGCUGAAAUGGCUGCUGCAGCGGCCGCUGGUUCUGCUGGACCCCGUCCGACACCGGCCCAACUCCAACAGCAGCAGCAGAUAGCAGCUCAGACACAACAUGCCCACGCUCAUGCCAGAGCGCCACCUUUAGCUCACGGCUCUCCUAUAGACAAUCGUAAUCCCCGCGUCAAUACCCAGGUCUAUCACGGUCCACCGCCACCUCAACCCAUUUCGCCACUUGGGCCCUAUCCAGGACAAUAUCCUGUAUACGGAUACGGACCGCCCGCUCCCGUGGAUAUUUCUACCGUCGUCCAUCAAUCUAUCCAGGCUAUCAUGGGCCCCGCACUCGCUCAGCAACAAGAAAUGCUCACCAAGCUCACCACGACAGUCGUCGCUGACGUCAAGAAGAUCCACGAGGAGACACGGAACGAGCAGAUGCAAAAUCGGAAAGUGCUCGAUGCGGUCGCGAAUGAGGUGGAGAAGGAGCGGAAAUCUCUGGAGCUCGCCAGCAUUUCGAUUUCUGGGCGGCUGGACAUUCUCGAGAAGGCCAUUGGACUGAAACCGAAUGGAGAAGGAAAUGCCGGGCUAGCAGCGCGAUUGGAUGAACUAGAGCAUUCGAUAGGCGAGUUGCGCGAAUCCAUGGGUGACCCCCAAGCGCCAAUAGAAGUACCCGCACCUCCGCCACCAGCCCCGGUCACCCACGAGAUGGGUACUGAUCCAGUACCGGAAUUAGUGCAAUCAACAACUGAGGCGCGCUGGACGUCAAUGUUCCCGCUCACCAAUGGUGCCUUUCCCUAUCCAGGCCAGUCCCCUCAUGUUUAUACGGGGAAUGCACCACAACUUCAACCUGCCAGGUGGCCUGACGCUUCUUCCCGCGGUUCCCCUGCUCUGCGAACGCCAGUUGCCGGGCCGAGUACUCUCCCGGCGACCCAAGCAUCGUCUCGCGACUCGUCUGUUGUGCGAGAGCAGCUCUCUCCCGCGUCGACGGUCAUAGACGGCGAUAUGACACUCCUCGAUGAACAAUCCAGUCAACUCGCUACGCACAAAUCUUCGGGGAUUGUGGCCUCUUCCGUCUCUCCACGAGAGCUCACCCUCGAUCCGGAGGCGAUGCGAGCAAUCAGACAGAGCCAGACUCAGGCAGAGGCUAGAUCUGAAGUGCUUGAUGCUCCAUCUCCCUUGAGCGAGCUCACAGAGGACGAGGAUGUGCGAGUGAAGGUCAAAAAGGAGAAGGCGGCGGCACCUGCUAGAAAAGCUCAACAUCUUCGCCCGCUCACUGAUUCAGCUUCCGCCCCUUUGCCAAUGCGUCUCAAGCGUGAACGUGACGACACUACCUCCCAGCCAUCACGCAAGCGCUCGCGACAGUCGCUUGCCCCAAGUCAGUCUACGCUGCAGUUAUCUCUCCGUUGGCCGAAGAUUCCGAAGGACGCCAAGAGCGACGAAACCUUCUUUCGUACAUUCAUCACUUGCGAGGGCUGCAAAAAGUGGUACCAUUUCGGCUGUGUCGGAAUAGGGAAAGGCGACGAACGGAUAAAGGAGAACUCCGACGUAACGUUCUUAUGCCCGCCCUGCGAGCUUUUACCCGCCCAUCAACGGCCAGCUCCACACCACACGGGCCGCAAUAAGACGGUUUGCCAGCGUCCUGGCUGCCCCAAGCCGAAAGCUACGAACGGUCUGGAGUUCUUCGUUGAGAAGUUGGUCGCGCGUAAGCCAGAUAAGCAGCGGCCAGGCGAAUAUCUCUGGCUUGUAGAAUGGGCUGGAUAUCCCAUCGAACAGUGUACCUGGCAACAUGAGGAAGACAUGGGCGAUAGUCCGACGCUCAUUCGUGAGUUUGUCGCCGAGGCUACAAAGGAGGGGAAGACUUUGUUGGCCGACGAACAUGUUUAUCUCGAUGUGGCAGCUGCUCACUGGCAGAGAUAA